ACCCUUACCUUUACUACAUACGGAGUAUUAGAAAAAUUAAAGCUUUCAUACAGCACGAUGAGACAAGUUAGGUGAUGUGAAGGGCUCCGAUUGUUAGUUCCAACCAACUAAACUUCUCUUAUUGUGUGUUUGGAAACGUGGUGGGGGACCGACCCCUCACGUUUCACACCAUUUUACCGUGGUUUUUAAAGCUCCUAUUGGUAGCUUUUGUGAAACGCACGUCCAUACCGUGAUUUCUCUAGAAACGUGAAAAGCUCAGCCAUGACAACCGUUCCUUUGGCCUCCGCUGUUCUACGAAGGCUUGAAGGCAAGGUGGCUCUGAUCACCGGUGGAGCGGGCGGCAUCGGCGAAGCCACCGCAAGACUCUUCGCCAACCAUGGAGCUAAAGUUGUCAUAGCUGACAUCGAAGACGACAAAGGUAACUCACUUUGCCAAGAGUUACACAAAUCAUCAGCUUCUUAUGUUCACUGCGACGUGACAAAGGAAAAAGACAUCGAAACUGCCGUGAACACGACGGUUUCCAAGUAUGGCAAACUCGACAUCAUGUUAAACAACGCUGGCAUAGCCGGUGUAAACAAUACCAACAUACUUGACUUCAAAUUAUCUGAAUUUCAACAAGUGAUCAACAUUAACUUGGUUGGUGUCUUUCUUGGAACAAAGCACGCUUCAAGAGUUAUGAUCCCUGCUCGACGAGGUUGCAUAAUUAACACAGCUAGUAUUUGUGGAAGCAUAGGUGGUGUGGCGAAUCAUGCCUACACGAGUUCAAAGCACGCUGUUGUGGGGCUGACGAGAAACACGGCCGUCGAGCUUGGACCGUUCGGUAUUCGGGUGAAUUGUGUGUCGCCUUAUAUUGUUCUCACUCCGAUGGCUACGAAAUACUUAAAGGUAGAUGAUGAUGGGAUUCUAGGGGUUUAUUCUAACCUAAAGGGUACUAAUCUUUUGCCAAAUGAUGUGGCUGAAGCUAAUCUGUACUUGGGAAGUGAUGAAUCUAAGUAUGUUAGUGGUCACAAUCUUAUCGUUGAUGGAGGAUUUACAGUUGUGAACAAUGGAUUUUGUUCUUUUGCACAACCUGUCUGAUUGUAUGUACUUUGAUAUGUCUUUAUAAUUCGGUGCAAUUAUUGUUGUUUAUGGUGUUUUGUAAGUUGCAUCAAGGUUGUUACAACUCAGGCUACAGGCUAAUAAUCAAAUCUUGAGUUAAAUAUAUUUUAACCCUUUUUAAAUA